CCCAAAAGCCAUAAAAAAUUUGUAAAAGCAAAAUAAUUUGAAUAUAUUUUUAAGGAUUUGUUUUUAUAAAUUAUCCUUUGUUCUACCCAUCUUUGCUUAUGCAUACAUAUUUUCACAUAAUGGAAUUCAUAAUACCCAGUUUGGAGUCCGCUUUUUUUCACUUAAUUUUAUGUGGGAUUGUUUGUUGGCAAGUUGUUUAGUUUUUAUAACUAUUUUUUUGGCUGCAUAAUGAUUGAAUUGAUAGAACCAUAUAGGGUGCUAUUACCAGACUGGGAAGUUUAUGAUUUUCUUCAGUUUAUAAUAGGCACUGUUGUCCAUUGAGAUAUUUUUACUUUGUCUUUCUUUUAGAUUACUUUUUUAGGAUAAAUUUCUGAGCCUAAGAUUACUAAAUUAAAAGGUGGAAUUUAUUUUUAUGACUGUACAUUUUGCCAUUUGGGGAAGACGCAGUAAAACUGAAAGUGAGGCAAGCAAACCAGCGGGCCUCCUGCGACUCCCCCUGCAGCCAACCUCUCCCCAAACUAGUCUUUCAAACUUGAGAAACUUGCUCAGGUUUUGGGUUUUUUUGAGACACUAGUAUUUGAACCAAGUUUAGGCUAUACAAAAUUUUGAAAAAAUCACAAUUUGGCGAGAUCACGAUUAACUCCUUACCUUUGAGCAAACUGAAGUCUACUUCUUGGCAAAAAAGAAUAAACUGGUUUUAGGAGGGACAGAAGGCGGAUAAGCCUUAAUGGAGGUAGGCGUGAGCCUGCGCCGGAGAUCCCGAGAGCGUUUCUCCGGUUGAAUUUGGUAUCCGGGAAAGCCUCGAAGAUUACGAGAUGCUGUAGCCAGUUGUCAACGAACCUGGUCGCCUCGCUGGGCUCGGCAGUCUGGCAACUCCCGUCUCCGGGCUGUUGCUACCCCGGCUGCAGUAAGGUCCGGAAAUUUGCAUGGAGCGGCACUGAUGAACGCUGAGCGAACAACUCGGCAAGGCUUAAAGGUGCUUCCUCUCUGUUGGUCUACAGACCUGAAGAAUGACGCUUCGGGUUUCCGAGGAAACUGAUGCACGGGUUAAAUUACCGGUUUCAAAAAAUCAAACGGAGAAGACGCUUCUCUUUGAAAUCCCCGGAUUUGCGCGAGUCGUACUCUUUCGGCGUUCGCCUUCCGGCGCCUCCAAGUACCUUGCGUCUAUUCUUACCGCGGAGGCUUCCAUUGGGCGCCAGGGCUCCCGCCCCCUAACCUCGCGCCGGGAUUGGCUGCUUGUUUUCUGCUCUGGCGGGUGAUUGGGUGCCGGGAGCCGAGGGGGUGGGAGGCGGGAAUUCGUCCGGGAGAGUGUUGCUGAGGGCACUGAGGAGAGCGGGUGGAGAGAGAAGGUAAAACGGCCCGAGUCCGCGCUCAGGCGCGGGGAGUAGCAGCCCGGCGAGGAGGACAGAGGGGUUUGUGACCUUUCUUCUCCGCCAGGGCUCCGCUUUGUUUACUCGCAGCUCUCGGUUUCCUUUCCUCCCGGGAAUCGGAGCGCCGUCUGCUCUGCAUCGGUUUUCCUCAGCACAGUUGGGAAUCUGAAGUAAACAAGAAAGCAUGACGUCUUCAGCAUGGUCUGAAUAUACAAUUGGUGGGGUGAAGAUUAACUUUCCUUAUAAAGCUUAUCCGUCACAGCUUGCUAUGAUGAAUUCAAUUGUCAGAGGAUUAAACAGUAAGCAGCAUUGUUUGUUGGAGAGCCCUACAGGAAGUGGGAAAAGCUUAGCCUUACUUUGUUCUGCUUUAGCAUGGCAACAAUCUCUUAGUGGGAAGCCAGUGGAUGAAAGCUUAAGUAAAAAAGGUGAAGUACCGUUGUCAUGUUGUUGUACAUGCCAUUCAAAGAAUUUUACAAACGGUGACGUGAACCAAGUAACUUCACAUCAUUUCAACCGUCCAAGUACACCACCUUCUGAAAGAAAUGGCAUUUCAUCAACUUGUCAAGACUCUCCUGAAAAAACUACGCUGGCUUCAAAGCUAUCUGCCAAGAAACAGGCUUCCGUAUGCAGAGAUGAAAAUGAUGAUUUUCAAGUAGAGAAGAAAAGAAUUCGACCCUUAGAAACUGCACAGCAGAUUAGAAAACGUCAUUGUUUUGAAAAGGAGGUGCACCACUUGGAUGCGAAAGUUGCUGCAGGAAAGACCACAGAACUCAUCUCUUCAUUAAGGAAGAUAAACUCCUUUUCUCUACAGAAUCCCCCUGGUCACUGUUCUAGGUGUUGUUGUUCUACUAAACAAGGAAACAGCCAAGAUUCUUCAAAUACCAUUAAGAAGGAUCAAGGGGGGAAAUCCAGGAUACCUAAAAUAUAUUUUGGGACACGCACCCACAAGCAGAUUGCUCAGAUCACUAGAGAACUCCGGAGGACAGCGUACUCAGGGGUCCCAAUGACUAUUCUUUCCAGCAGGGAUCAUACUUGCGUCCAUCCUGAUGUAGUUGGUAACUUCAACAGAAAUGAAAAGUGCAUGGAAUUGCUAGAUGGGAAAAAUGGCAAAUCCUGCUAUUUUUAUCAUGGUAUUCAUAAAAUUAGUGAUCAGCACAAAUUACAGACUGAAGGAAUCUCCAAGGCCUGGGAUAUAGAAGAACUCGUCACCUUGGGGAAAAAACUAAAGGCAUGUCCAUAUUAUACAGCACGAGAACUAAUAGAGGAUGCUGAUAUUGUAUUUUGUCCCUACAACUAUCUUCUAGAUGCACAAAUAAGAGAAAGUAUGGAUAUCAAUCUGAAAGAACAGAUUGUCAUUUUAGAUGAAGCUCAUAACAUUGAGGACUGUGCUCGGGAAUCGGCAAGUUACAGUAUAACAGAAGUUCAGCUUCGAUUUGCUCGAGACGAACUAGAUAGUAUGGUCAACAAUAACAUAAGAAAGAAAGACCAUGAACCCCUACGAGCUGUGUGCUAUAGCCUUAUUAAUUGGUUAGAAGCAAACUCUGAACAUCUUGUGGAGAGGGAUUAUGAAUCAUCCUGUAAAAUAUGGAGUGGAAGUGAAAUGCUCUUAAAUUUACACAAAAUGGGCAUCACCACUGCUACUUUUCCCAUUUUGCAGGGACAUUUUUCUGCUGUCCUACAAAAAGAAGAAAAAGUCCUACCAAUUCAUGGUAAAGAGUCAAGAGAAGUACCUAUUAUUAGUGCUUCAACUCAAAUAAUGCUCAAAGGACUUUUUAUGGUGCUUGACUAUCUUUUUAGGCAAAAUAGCAGGUUUGCAGAUGAUUAUAAAGUUGCUAUUCAACAGACUUACUCUUGGGUAAAUCAGACUGAUCCUUCAGAUAAAAAUGAGUUCUUUGCUCUACCAAAAAAUAAGAAACGUUUACGACAGAAAACUGCAGUUCAUGUGCUAAACUUUUGGUGCUUAAAUCCAGCCGUGGCCUUUUCAGAUAUUAAUGGCAAAGUUUGGACGAUUGUUUUAACAUCUGGGACAUUAUCACCAAUGAAAUCCUUUUCAUCAGAACUUGGUGUUACAUUUACUAUCCAAAUGGAGGCUAAUCAUGUCAUUAAUAACUCACAGGUUUGGGUUGGCACCAUUGGGUCAGGCCCCAAAGGUCGGAAUCUUUGUGCUACCUUCCAGCGCACGGAAACAUUUGAGUUCCAGGAUGAAGUGGGAGCACUUUUGUUAUCUGUGUGCCAGACUGUUAGCCAAGGAAUUUUGUGUUUCUUGCCAUCUUACAAGUUGUUAGAAAAAUUGAAAGAACGUUGGCUCUACACUGGAUUAUGGCAUAAUCUGGAGUUGGUGAAGACAGUCAUUGUAGAACCACAGGGAGGAGAAAAAACUGAUUUUGAGGAAUUACUGCAGGUGUACUAUGAUGCAGUCAAGUACAAAGGAGAGAAAGAUGGAGCCCUCCUGGUAGCAGUUUGUCGUGGUAAAGUGAGUGAGGGUCUGGAUUUCUCAGAUGACAAUGCUCGUGCUGUCGUAACAAUAGGAAUUCCUUUUCCAAAUGUGAAAGAUCUACAGGUUGAACUAAAGCGACGCUAUAAUGAUCAGCAUUCAAAAUUGAGAGGUCUUUUACCUGGUCGUCAAUGGUAUGAAAUUCAAGCAUACAGGGCCUUAAACCAGGCCCUAGGUAGGUGUAUUCGACACAAAAAUGAUUGGGGAGCUCUUAUUCUAGUGGAUGAUCGCUUCAGGAGUAACCCAAAUCGAUAUAUAUCUGGACUUUCUAAAUGGGUACGGCAGCAGAUUCAGCACCAUUCUACCUUUGAAAGUGCACUGGAGUCCUUGGCUGAAUUUUCCAAAAAGCACCAAAAGGUCAUUGCUGUAUCCAAAGAGGACAGAAAGUCUAUACAGGACAGUGGGUCUACGUUUGAAGUGGCCUGUUUGAAGGACAAUACCUCAACUUAUUUAUUGGAAGCAGCAAGCCAUCUAUCACCAGAAAGUCCUAGGGAAGAUGAAGCAAAAAUGUGUGUGCAAGAACUACAGUGUCCUAAAAUGAUAACUGAAAGUCCAUCGCUACCAGGCAGCGUUAUCUCCAGAAAUGAGAAAAAUGACUCAGUGUUAUUGGAAGAGUCUGCCCAGACAGUGAAAGCAGAAAAAAUCGUGAUUUCCAGAUCCACAAGCCCAACCUUCAACAAACAGACAAAGAGUGUUAGCUGGUCUAGCUUUAAUUCUUUGGGACAAUAUCUUACUGGUAAAAUUCUGACUGUAACACCUGAGUUCAGGUCAUCAGAGGCUUGUGCCUCUAAUUCUACUUUCAAAACAGAAAAGGAAUAUAAAACUGUUUUGCCACUCACUGAUAAGUGUGAGCCCUCAUCUCUGACAGUAAACACAUCAUUUGGACCAUGCUCUCAGUCAGAAACUACUCUUCCAUCAACAAAGACUGAUGCUACUCUUCUUAAAAAUAAUCAUUCCAAACAGCUGCUCCACUCUGAAGACGCUCCGGAUCCAGACAUUGAAUUGUCGUUAGUAAGUGAAGAAGCUAAGCUUUCCACUUCAAAUACAGCAUUUGAAACAGAAACAGAAGAUGAAUCUAUCUAUUUUACACCUGAACUUUAUGAUUCUGUAGAUACAAAUAAAGAAAAAAAUUAAUUAGUUGGAACUGAUAGAGAAAGUAUAUUGGUUGAUAAUUCAAAUUACAUUUUAGCUGAAGAUCUCUGAAAUUAGAACUAUGACAGGAGUGGAUUCAGUCAGAGAAAUGAAAGCUGAGGAUUGUACAGGCACUAAGUUGAGUAGACUCAUGCACAUUAAAGAAAGUAAAAUUGAUGACGUUGGUAGUAACAUAAAAACAACUCAUAUAAAUGAAUUGGAGCUGGGAAAAACUCAUGAAACAGAUAUAAAGAACUUUAAACAAUCUCCUUCCAAAAGUAAAGAUGUGUUCCCUGAUGUUAGGUAAUACUUAACUGUAGCUAUAAAAAUAUGCCAUCAUGCUUCUAUUAAACUCUAUUGUAAAUGAUAAUUUAUACAUUGGAUAAGUGGCAUAGUUAUUUUUUUAAUUUGAGAUAUAUUUUCACUUUAAUUCAUUAUCAUUAGAGUUCUUUAAAAGUCUAUUUUAUGUUCAGAAAUAUGUUUUACUAUUCUCAAGUUUUGAUUCAUACAAAAUAUUUUCCUUCAAUGUCUUCCUUAGCUAAACGCAAUUUAAAAUUAAUCAAUCUGAAAGAUAUGUAGUUUCCUAGGGCACUUUAAAUUUCACAUAAAUAUUUGUAUUUUGUAGUCCUCUUCACCCAAUUGUUUUCAUACUGGUACAUAAAUAUUAACAGCACUCUAAUCUAGUCACACCUCAGUCAUAUUUCACUAUACAUAUUGCCUCAAAUCGGUAGGAGUUUCUUUUUAGAAAUCAAAGUUUUCUUGAAAAAUGUAUUCCUGUAUUAAAUUGCCUACUUGUGAGUAAUUAAGAAUUAAGGAAGAAAACUGCAUACAUUUUUCAUUGAAAUUGUUUGACAUUUUUGUUUUAUAAACCAAAUCAAGCAUGUUUUAAGUGAAUUUAUGUAAAGUUAUAAAAAGUGAAGGACUCCAAAUUUUCAAUUCUAAUUAUUUAGCUUCGUAAUCACUGUGGAAAAAAGUGACAUAUUGUAGCAAAGAAGCUUUAAUUAUGCAACCAUUAAGAUAGAAAACUUCAUAUAUAAAUUUGAUAAAUAAACCCAAACAUGUAAUUGUAGCUGAAAAAUGUUCCCUUAGAGUUCAGUAAACUUUUCUGUAAAUUUUGACUCUGUUUAUGUUUUUGUGAAUGAAACUGUAGUUCUGAUCAAAAAUGGUUAUAAAAUAUUCUCUUCUCUGACAUUUCAAAAAUACAUUCACUGAUCUUUUUCUAAGAAACAUCUGUUAUUCAAUGGAUGUUUAGUCUUCUUUUGAGUGAUUUGAAUUGAAAUUUUAUGAGCUGUUCAAGUUGUGGAUGUGGUUUAUUAUUUUCAAAGUCAAAAUUCCCAGCAAUCAAGUAUCUUUUAUAUUCAUUUUGAUAAAUGAAUUAUUGUAUAUGCAUAUGUUUACUUUUAUUUUGAUAGCAUUUAGAUUGCUUACAACUGGUUUCGAUAGCAUUGGAUGUUACAACUCUAAGCAUAGUUCAAAAAAAUUUAAAUUGAUAAUUUACCAGUUAAAGAAUUCAUUUAUAGAUUGAGAUAUAUUAGAUCUCACCUAAUAUUAUAUAUUUUUCUUAGUUGAUCAGUGAGUAAUAAGUUACAAACACUAGGUUAGAAGAUAAUUUCUAAAUUGUUUUGAAAGAGUGAAACCAUUUCUCCUCUCUGGUAUAGUUUUUAAUCCACAGAUAAGGGUAAUGGGAUAUAGAAAGAAUACCAGGUGGAAGACCAGAGACUUGGGUUUGAUUCCUGGCUUUGCCUCUAAUUUGCUAAGUCAUGUUUGGUAGUCAUCAUGCCUUUUGGAGAAUUAGUUUCAUCUGUGAAAUGCAGAAUUUAAUACUGUAAAAUCAUGCAAAUCCCUUUUGGCAUUAAAAAUCUGUAAUUUAAACGAAUAUAUGUUGAUAUUUUACUCUGAAUCAAUUUUUAUUUGCUUUUGUUCCAAAUGCUUAAAAUAAAGCAAACCAUUUUGUAGAAAAG